AUGCUCAAAGCAGGAUCACAAGGAUUGACUUCAAACGGGGAGAAGAAAAAAGCUCGUGUGUAUACUGAUGGAUUUUUUGAUUUUGUACACUUCUCAAAUGCAAAGUUAUUAUGGCCAGCUAAGCAGUAUGGAAAAAAAUUGAUUGUUGGAAUUCACUCAGAUGAUGAGCUGGAUAACAAUGGAAUUUUGCCAAUUUUCACUGAUGAAGAACGAUUUCGCAUGAUUUCUGCUAUCCGAUGGGUCGAUGAGGCAUUUGAAGAUGCUCCAUUUCAACCAGGAAUGUCAACUCUCAACCAGUUGGAUUGUGAUAUUAUUGCAAUUCCAGAUAUCAACCACCCGACAACUGUUGAAACUGCAAGGUACGAAGAGAUUCGGGGCAGCGAACGGGCAAAACAAUAUGUUAUUUCGGAGCAUGUCACCGAUCAGGAAGUCGCUGGUCGAUUAAUGCUUGUUACCAAAUCUCAUCACAUGGAAACCGAUUCAAUUCUGGAGUUCAAAAGUGCAGUUCUCCCAUUUGCCUCGGACCCGAUGAGUAACGAGCCUGUCAUAUCGGUGUCCCUUUUCAAACAAAACUUUACUUUUGCCCCGGUUGUCAUUGGAAAGAAGCCGAAAGCGACAGACAGGGUGGUCUAUGUGAGUGGAGCGUUUGACCUUUUCCAUGCAGGACAUUUAUCAUUUUUGGAAGCAGCCAAGGAAUUGGGAGACUAUUUGAUUGUUGGAAUUGUUGGAGAUGAUGAUGUGAAUGAAGAGAAAGGAACUAUCUUCCCUGUGCUCAAUCUGUUGGAGAGGACGUUGAGUGUCGCUUCAUUGAGAAAAAUCGCCGUCUACCCAGAAACCCACCCACGCCGGUUCGCUGGUUGCACUCAACUCGGUAUUAUUAAAGAAGUAUCUCCGGACUAUGAUGCCACCUGUGAAGAAAUCCUAGAAAGAAUAACUUCUAGAAAAAUUGCAUCAUCAGAAGACGACGAGAUUGCGAUGUUUAGCUCAGUUCCAUUGAAUAACAAUCAACAUUGA